CCUCCUCGUCCUCCGCCGUCGCCGCCGCCCUCGGGAGCGGCAGGGCCCGGUGAAGGAGGCGGCGAGGAGGGGCGGCGGCGGCCGCCGCGCCCUCCCCCAUGGCGAAGAAAACCUACGACCUGCUCUUCAAGCUGCUGCUCAUCGGGGACUCGGGGGUCGGCAAGACCUGCGUCCUCUUCCGCUUCUCCGACGAUGCCUUCAACACCACCUUCAUCUCCACCAUUGGGAUAGACUUCAAGAUUAAAACUGUCGAAUUGCAAGGAAAGAAGAUCAAGCUACAGAUCUGGGACACGGCGGGGCAGGAGCGCUUCCACACCAUCACCACCUCCUACUACCGAGGGGCCAUGGGCAUCAUGCUGGUGUACGACAUCACCAACGCCAAGAGCUUCGAGAACAUCAGCAAGUGGCUCCGGAACAUCGACGAGCACGCCAACGAGGAUGUGGAGAGGAUGCUGUUAGGAAACAAGUGUGACAUGGAAGAUAAAAGAGUUGUCCCUAAAGCAAAAGGUGAACAGAUUGCCAGGGAGCACGGUAUUAGGUUUUUUGAAACUAGUGCAAAAGCAAAUAUAAACAUUGAGAAGGCAUUCCUCACAUUAGCAGAAGACAUUCUUCGAAAGACCCCUGUAAAAGAGCCCAACAGUGAAAAUGUAGAUAUCAGCAGUGGCGGUGGGGUGACGGGCUGGAAGAGCAAGUGCUGCUGAACCUUCUCCUCUCUCACCAAUCGCCAUCCACCGCCCCUUUUUUCUCGCUGCAAAACAAACCACUCUGCCCGUUUUUUAACCUGAAACCAAUGUUUUUGUUCCUCAUCUUAACGAGCUCCUGCCUCCCCUUGGUUUUCCGGCUAGGACAGCUUUGCCUCCUCCAGUUUUCUCAACACAUGUAUAGGAAAUUCAUCUCCGUGACUUCAUUUCCGUGUCCCUGCUCAACUCACCACUACGUUUGGGUUGUAUUAUAGUCCCGUCCCUCCUGCCAUUAAACCCCAGAGCAAUCAUACUCAACUCUCUUCUGCAAAUUGUAUAAGAAUAAAGGUUAGAAUUAACAAUUGAUUUUGUACAACAGUGGAAUUUUCUGUCAUGGAUCAUGUGCUUGAGUCACCGUAUUCUCUAGAUGCAUCAGGCAAGAGCCAGGAAAAACUCAUUUUCGCCUUGAGUCCGUCAGUGGGGUUUCUUUGUCCUGUGCCUUAUGUGGAAAAAGGAACUUUUAUUUUCACUUUCUUUUCUCGUUUCUGGUGGAAGCAUGUGCAGGAGACAUCCCAUCCCCCCGUGCCAUUGAGUCCUGACCUCUGUAGUGGUUGCUUUCUGUAACGUUGGUGUCAUGCAUCGAGGACAAAGGGUGGUGCAAAACAAAAGCAAACUCCAUGUAACCUGCUGUGUCUCCUCUUGCCAAUCCCGCCGUUCCCAACUCUUCCUGCUGCCGGUUUUUUUCCUCACUUUGCCGCUCUUUCCUUUCUUUUUUUUUUUUUUUUUUGUUUGUUUGGUUUUUGUUCUUUUUUUUUUUUUUUUUUUUUUUGUUCUUUUUUUGCCUGCAUGCUGCUUUGAUUUGCAUUUCUCCAUGGUGUGAUGUGUUAAUGGAAAGGAUGGCAACCCGGUGUGUUUGCCAAAAAUUUAAUACAAAGCACUGAUUUAGCUUCCGAGGUAAAAAAUGUUGAGAUUCCUACUAACCCCCCUAGGCCUGUCCGUCACUAGUGGUCCCCUCCUCCCGCGUAGCCCCGGCCUUUCCCCCCAUAUGGAAGAGUUAUUUGCAUGCACUAGUUUCUAUGGAGGGUGAUGUGGUUGUCUACUUUCUGUGUGUGAAUAUAACAUGGAUUCCCAAACUGACAGCAGUUCAUUAACACGAGCUCCCAGCUUCUGUCUCCCGAGGGCUGCGGGGCCGGGCCGAGGCUGAGCGGAACUGGAUGGAAAGAGAAGGAAAGGAAAGGAAACAAACCAGCCAGCGGGCAGUUUUAAUUUAUUACCUCCCUGGAAACUUUCCACUUGCCAGUGUCCGCAGCCGCGCCGGCCGUGCCGGGGCCAGCCCCGCGCCGGAUCCCGGCGGGCGAUCCCGGUGAUGGAGCGGCCGUUCCUGCCUCUCCUGCCGCUGUCACCCGGCCGUGCUGGCCCUGUCCUGCCUCUCCUGCCGCUGUCACCCGGCCGUGCUGGCCCUGUCCUGCCUCUCCUGCCGCUGUCACCCGGCCGUGCUGGCCCUGUCCUGCCGCAGGAGGGGCGCAGCACCGCCGAGCGCUCGCUGCGCGGCCGCUGCCCCGCGUGGAUCCCCGGCCGCGGAUCCCCGGCGCUGAAUCCCGGCCCUCGAGCCCCGUCCCGGCGGGGAGGACACGCCGCAGCCUCCCCGGGCCCCGCUCCCCUCCCGUGCCCAGCCUGUGCCUCGCUCCGGCCGCGGCGUUGGCACCGGGACUGUCUCCGCUCCGCUCUCGCCGCAGUCGCUAACGCUGAGUGAAUUUUAAUGAAAUGACGGUGUUUUAACGUGGAACUCCUGCUCCGGAGCGGCUCCUUCCCGCGUGGGGACUCACCGAGGUGUCUCCCUGUCCCUCUGUAUUCGGCAUUUUGUCCCCUGUGUGUGUUAACCCUUCCCAGGCGAGUGGCUGGUGAGGUCGGGCUCAGCGUUGUACAGAGUCCGGCCACUUUCCGGCUAAAUCUGCACUUUGUAACGUGAUCAAAAAGGGAAAAAAAAAAAAAAAAAAAAAAAGGCGAAAUCUACAUCGAGGGGUUUUUUUUUUUUGUAUGAUCCUUGUUCUAAACGUGAGCUUUUGAUUUGCUCGGCUCCCUGCGUGUGCCCCCUUUGUGGACGCCGUGCCCGGUGCAGGCACAGGUGGAGCCCGGGCCGCUCGCUGGUGCCACUCGCUGCCGCCGCCGCCCCCUCGUCCCUCCCCGUCAAUAAAACUGAGCUGUUUCUAUCGGGUCUAUUUCUGUUCCUGUCCGAGCUCGAGCUGCACCCGCGGGCUCAGGCGAGGCGGGGCCGGGAGGAGGGAGCAGCACGAGUCGGUGCCGAUGCUGAAACAGAUAAAAAACCCCCCCAAAAAAUAAUAAUAAUAAUAAUAUUAAUAAUAAUGAUCAUGUCGGAGGAGUUUGCAGUAACUUGGUGUCUGCUGGUAUCUCAGCUCCCUGCUAGUUCCGAACUAACUGCUUGUGAAACCUCUGCUUGGAACCCCAGCCCAGCCCUGUGGAGUAGAGAAGGGCAGCGGGAGGUGUCAGCAGCCCCUCCGUGCCCCCGCCCGCGGAGGGAGCUCAGCGCUGCCCUUUUGUCACCAAAAAAAAAGUGUUAAACGAUGAAAUUGGUCCUGCUAAACCAAACCUGAGCUUGGCUCUGUCCCACGGCCGUGGGACUCACGUGCCCUCGGACUCGGACGGUGGAAAAAAAAAACAAAACAGCAUCAAGGUCUUGGAUUAAUUCCCAUGCCGACAAUUUUUUACUUAAUCUUUUAAUAUUUUUGCUACUCCACUCUGGCUUUUUAUUUAAAACACAUUCUUUUGUACCACUUACUGUAUCAAAUUGUAUAAAAGAUCACUGUCCCAUUCUUGGUCGUACCAAGAGCAAAUAAAAGCUUUUAUAAACUUGCA